AUGCGUGAUGAAAAUGAAAUUUCAAACUUGCAUCCAAAGACACCUGCCAGGGCCCAUUCCUUCAGGCUGGAUGGCGCGUCACCGAGUAAACACAUGAGCAAAAUUAGAUCUCUAGGCAAAUUGAAUCUCAGAUCACCACUUUUGACGCCAGGGGCGGCUGAUUUUUCAUAUAGAAUUGAACCAGAUAGAGCACAUACCCCGUCUGAAACCAUUCAAAAUAGACCCAUAGCCCCUGCUACAUUAUACACUUUACGAAACUACUAUAAUGAUUUUACGACAAUUGAUUGGACAAAGGCAUUUAUUCUGGCUAAUAAGUUUAGAUUUGAAUUGAAGCAUAAUAAGCUAGUGAGUAGAACUAUUUCAGAUAAUCACGAUGAUAUUUCUGAUGCCUUUUUACCAUAUUAUUACAAAUAUUAUCUAAUUCUCAGUAAGUGGAUGCUCAUAAUUUUGAUUGGAUUUUCCUUUUCCUUAAUCGCAUUUAUAAUUGAUAAGUUUGAGAUAUUAUUAGUGGGAUUCAAACAUGGCUAUUGCAAAUCCAAUUGGCUCCAAAGUCAAGUCUCGUGCUGUAUUCUCCAAUCGUCAGGUUUACUGAAGGAACCUUUGCAUAUGAACAUAUUCAGGUCUGGCUACGUUUUUCAUUCAAAUCAAAAUUUGUCUUCAAAUUCAUGUCCCAAUUGGGUUUCAUGGUCUGGUUUUUUUCAUAAAAAUUCCUUUGGCGAUGUUAUUAGGUUUGAUUUUAUUGUAUAUGUGAUAUUGACAUCUGCUUUGGCUUGUGCCGCUUGUCUUGUAACGCUUACUACCAAGAUAAGUGGAAAAUCUGAAGGCGCAAUGGCAAAUAAUAUGACAGAUCUUAAGUUUGGCACGAUCAAUUCAAAUCACGAACCCAAAACAGAGAUUAUGUCUCUUUCUCCGCGAGUAUUGUACACCGCAGCAGGAUCUGGGGUUCCUGAAGUUAAAACAAUUUUGUCUGGAUACGUGAUUAGGCGAUUUCUAGGUCUAAGAACUUUAAUAGCCAAAACUAUAUCUUUAAUAUUAGCGAUAGCUUCAGGUUUAGUUUUGGGAAAGGAGGGGCCUUAUGUUCAUUUGGCUACAGUUGUGGGAAACGUCAUGACAAGGUUCGUGAGUUCCAUCCAUAACAAUGAACUCUUUAGAAAACAAGUAUUGUCGGCAAGCGCUCUGGCUGGCGUGGCAUUAGCCUUCGGAUCACCGUUAGGUGGUGUUCUAUUUAUCUUAGAAGAGAUAAAUAACUAUCUUCCAUCUCAUCAGUUAUUCCAGAUAUUUUUUUGCGCCAUAAGUUCUACUUUAUUUUUAAAAUUUUUGAAUCCUUACGGCACUGGAAAGACAGUCUUGUUUGAAUUAAAGUAUGAUUCGGACUGGAAAUACUUCGAACUCAUUUUCUUCGUAAUGAUUGGUAUAGCAGGUGGGUUGUUCGGAGCAUCAUUUGUACGAUUUGUGAAGUUUUGGCCGAAAACAUUUCGAAAACUCAAGGUGAUCGAUUCCCAUCCUAUAUUUGAAGUCUUUUUAAUUUCUUGUUUGACCGGAUUGGUCACUUUUUGGAAUCCAUACACUAAACAAGCUUCAUCUGAAUUAGUUUUAGAUCUAGCGACGUCUUGUAAUCGAAAUGAAAUGGAUAUAUCAUUAUGUCCUAAAUCUCCUGAAUCAUACUCCAAAGAGAUAUUAUCACUAGGCACAGCAUUUGUCAUCAAGGUAAUUUUGACAUUCAUAACAUUUGGAUUGAAGCUACCCUGUGGUAUCUACGUACCUUCAAUGGUUGCAGGUGCAUUAUAUGGCCGCAUUUUUGCUCUGUGCAUUCAAUGGUUAAAAUUGACAAGUGGAUCAGAUAGCUGGUAUGCCCACUUCUUUCUGCAAUAUGUUUGCAAUACCAAGGCAAACGAGUGCGUAGAUUUGGGAAUUUAUUCAAUGAUAGGGGCCGGUGCAUUCAUGGCAGGAGUCACUCGAAUGAAUAUUACAUUGGUGACAAUAUUAUUCGAGUUAACCAGCUCUUACAAUUAUGUCUUGCCAAUCUCAGUAUCAAUUGCAGUAGCUAAUUGGGCCGGUGGAUUCUUAGAGAAAAACUCUUUAUACGAAUCUUUAUUAGAGCAGAAUGACUACCCAUUUAUGUCUCCUGAAACUGAGCCUUUGGAUCCUUUAACAACAGCCGCUGAACUUAUUAGAGAGAGUGAAGUUUUCGAAACAAACCCAAAUUCGGCCCAAAUAUCUCGUUUUCAUGGCAUCUUUUAUCAAGAAACUUUAAGUCGAAUUGAAGGAUCUUGCCACAGCAAGAAGCUAUGCUUGGAUAUUACGGAGUCUCCUUAUGUAGUUAUGUCUACACUUGAGUGCAAAUUGUUACAAUUAGCAGAAAGGUCUUUACUAGAUGGCUGUAUACCUUUGGUCAAAAAUAAAGUGUGUGUCGGAUUAAUUUACUUUUCUGAGCUAGAGUUCUGUUUGGAUAAAUUGAAAGAAUUGCUUUUGGAGUACAAUAUUACUCAAGAUAUAUAUUGUAAGUUAUUGCCAGAUGAGAAAUACUCGAAACAGAAAUUAUUAUGCGCUGAUCACAGAGCGCAUAAUUUAAAAGUUGUACGGAACCGCUUUGAAUGUGACAUAGAUUACUUCAACUAUGGUUCCAUUAAAGAUCAUUCUGCAGGCGACAUGAAAAAUUUUAUGAAAUUGUUGAAUGAAUAUUCUGAUUUUGGAAGUUACAUAGACUAUUCUCCAAUAUUUUUAAACUAUGACUGCGAAGUAAGUCUUGCCCAUUUGAUCUUUGAUAAAGUCGGGAAUCGUGUCAUAGUUUUAUUAAAAGAAGGGGAGUAUUUUGGCAUCUUAGACAAGAAGGUUUUGAUCGACUAUUGCAGAAGGCAAGCAUAA